CCUUCAGUGGGGCAAAGAACGCGGUUAGGUAUAAACGUCGACGUAAAAAUCAACGACAAACAUGUCGUUGUAUUAUUUAUUUAUAUUUAUACUUUUAGUGUCAGAAAUUUCGUGCAGAGGGUUUCAAAUAGAAAACAGAGAAAGACAGUUAUUCCUUAGUCGGAAUGUGGUGACAGAAUCAGGAGAGUUCGACGGUGGUGUAUUAGUGGACAUAAACGGAAAAAUUGAGGGAGUUUUAACACGAGAAUCUAUUAUUGAACUUCUAUCAAACGACGAAGCAUCUCUUGAGGUCAUAGAUGGCGGUAACUGGGCAUUGAUGGCAGGAGGGGUUGACUCGCACGUGCAUGUUAACGAACCAGGUAGAACUACGUGGGAAGGCUAUGUAACCGCCACCAGGGCUGCUGCUGCGGGAGGUUUCACCACAAUCGUUGACAUGCCUUUGAAUUCUGUUCCCCCGACAACAACUAUGGAAAAUUUCAAGAUUAAAACUUCUGCUGCAAGAGAAGAAGCUUAUGUAGAUGUUGCAUUCUGGGGAGGCAUCGUUCCGGGUAAUGAGGUGGAGUUAAAAAACUUGAUUAAUGCCGGAGUUGUUGGUUUCAAAGGAUUUUUAAUAGACAGCGGUGUGUCCGAAUUUCCCAACGUCGACACUAACGACUUAGAUAAGAUCUUCACUACAUUAAACGGAACAAACACUGUAUUGGCUUUCCAUGCCGAAUAUCCAAUUAGUAAUGGAAGCCAAUGCGAAGGAUGCGACUCUACUGAUCCCUUUCUGUACAACACCUACCUGGCAUCGCGGCCUCCGGAAAUGGAGCUUGAAGCUGUGUCAUUAUUAGCGAAAUACAUAGCAAAAUAUGACGUUCACGUGCACGUAGUCCACGUGUCGGCGGCAGAUGUCAUACCGUUACUAGAACAAGCCAGAGAGCAAAGGAUUCAGUCUGGGUCCACUCGCUGGCGUGGUGGAGUCACUGCAGAGACUUGCGGCCACUAUCUUACUUUGAGCUCGGAACAGAUUCCGCCCGGUCACUCGGAGUUUAAAUGCUCACCACCAAUUAGAAGUAUCACUAACAAGUUAAAGCUAUGGGAGUACAUCAGAGAUCGAAGGCUUGAUUUAGUAGCGUCGGACCAUUCACCUACCGUUGCUGACAAGAAAACGUCCAACUUUAUGUCUGCCUGGGGUGGAAUAUCUUCUGUUCAGUUUGGUCUAUCAUUAUUUUGGACAGAAGCUAAAGCUCGUGGAUUUAGCUUGAGCGCGCUUAGCCACUACCUCUCCUCGGGACCGGCUCAUCUUGUUGGCUUAGGAAACCAAAAAGGAGCAUUGAAAGCGGGUUACGAUGCUGACCUUGUGUUCUUUGACCCUGACGCUUCGUUUGUGGUUACACCUGACAUAAUUGUGUACAAAAAUAAGAUAAGUCCAUACAUGUACCGUGUGUUAAACGGUAAGGUGAUGCAAACAUUUUUAAGAGGUCAACUUAUAUACUCAGAUGGAGAAGUAUUAGAGACCCCAAAGGGACAACUUCUAGUCAAUGCCUUCUAGCAUGUUCACGCAGCACGACCCGUUGCUGCAAUUAAUAAAUUAUUGUAACAAAAAAUAUUUGUUUUCUUAAUCAAUCGUCUGUGACAUACCACAUUAAUUUUAUGCACAAGCACCACUGAGCUGGGCUGCGGCACCUUAAUGUCGUUUUUAUGGGAUGGACAAAAGGGAAAAGCUAAACUUCUGACCAGGGACAAAUAUUUUGAAAUAUAUUGUUAGCUUAAGGUUCGGUUCAUAAACAUAUCACUGGCAGACACUAAAGUUUUAUUAAUUAUUUGUAAAACAAAUUAAACCUUUCAACUUUUAAAGGAUUUUCAAUCCAUGAUAGUACCUCUAU